UUUAUAGGUGUUGCAGAGGUGAGUGAAAGCACAGUUAACGUUGUGAUUGAGAAAAUAGAUAAGUUGGUAAAAUAUGAGAGGAAAGAGCGUAACUAUGAUGUCAAAAACAACAUUGUUAGUGACAAUGAUUAUGAUGUUGAUGAGCAGAGUGACAAGUGCAGUGUCAAUUAACUAUGCAGAGGCAUUAGGAAAGAGCAUUUUGUUUUUUGAAGGCCAGAGGUCCGGCAAGUUGCCACCUUCUCAACGCAUGACAUGGCGGAAAGACUCUGCACUUUCUGAUGGCUCCGAUAUUCGAAUGGACAUGACAGGUGGAUACUACGACGCCGGCGACAAUGUAAAAUUCCAUUUUCCGAUGGCAUUCUCAACGACGAUGCUAGGAUGGAGUGUGAUAGAAUUCGGAGAUUCGAUGGGUCCAGAGCUGCAACAUGCAUUGGAUGCAAUUCAUUGGGGAAGUGAUUAUUUUCUGAAAGCAACAAAAAUUGCUAACAUAGUUGUGGCACAAGUGGGCGAUCCUUAUUCCGAUCACGGGUGUUGGGAGAGACCAGAAGACAUGGGCGAUCCUUCCUUCUUGAGAUUGAAGCCAAUCUGGUAUUUGUGUUUGUUGUUGCCACUUGAGAAGGAUUCCUUGAGUUAAAGGAUUUUUUCUUUCUCUUCACAAUCAUCCAAGGGCCAUAUUGAUCCUUAGACUCAGGUUCAUUUUGAUUGGGAAUAAUCUCCUCCACAUGUUUAGGAAUCUCGUUAUGGCUGCUGUCUUGAUUAGCUAUUUUUGUUGUAGCAUUAUCAACGUCCAUUAGCGUCUGAUUCUUGCUCUCUUCCUUGUCAUCACCAUUUUGAAAUUGUGGGCAUGAAGAUUGUUUGUGGCCAUACUUCCCACACUUGAAGCAGAUGGAAUGCAGACCUUCAUAUUCUAACUUGAGAAUAUGGCCUAAAACAUCUAUCUGCGGGACUAGUUUUUUCUUUAGAUCAAUCUCCACACAGAUUCUUGCAAAUCGUCCACGGGACUGUAUAGAUGUUAGCUUAUCAAUUUUUAACAUCGUUCCUAGUUUACUCCCCACUCGCCAAAGAAAUCUAUCGUUGAAAAGUUCAAUUGGCAACCCUGGGAUACGGAUCCGAGCAGCAAUCUUGCGCGUCUGUUUGGCAGUCACUGUAAAGAAGGGUCUCCACCUUUGAACGACUAUGUAGUGGUCAGCAAUAAGCCAAGGCCCUUCAAAUAAUGCAUGCUUGUAAUCCUCUUCAGAAGCAAAUUGGACCAGGUAAUAAUCCUGUGAUAGGUCUAUCAAUCUCACUGACCCCGUUUUAGCCCAUUCUCGCUGGAUUUUGUUGUCCAACAUUCGGAAUGCCACACGCUUACCUAGUACGUGAAUGACAAGAGAGCUUUUCCACGGAGCACACCACUCCUCAAAUUCUUCUUGAGUAACAUGGAUCUUGGGGCAAGGAUCCAGAUUAGAAUCAUCAUCAACAAUAUCAUCUUGAUCAUUAUAAUAGUCGUCUUCCGGGCAUUCCAUCUCUCUGAUCAGGCUAGAAAAGUCGUUAAAAAUUUUCCCUCUACUUUCCGAGAGAAGACUCUCCAUAUAGGAUUUAGAAGGAUCUGAGGCAGAUCCUGAAGCGGAAACCUUCUCUUCCAUACUCACGUCUUUUCCACCAAAACCCUCUGAACCAUCAGCCUUCGUUUUCACCUUCUUCGUACUCCUGAUAGCGGGAUCGUUG